AAUGUAUAAAAUUAUAUUGACAUGGAAUUCCAAAAAAGAUUACUCACUCGCACUUGCCAACAUUAGUAAACAAUUUCCCAUCGCGAGGUUAACAUAUAGAACGUGACAUCAUACUUUGCAGGAUUCAUUUUUAUACUCUGGUAAACAAUGAACUAAAAUCCUGCAAUAAAUACGGCGCUUUAUUGAUCGUCUUACGGACUGUUUUUAGGUUAUAUUAUUUUUUAAACAAUCCUGCUGAAAACCUGAAACUGAAAAGUGCUGAUAAUUUUUUUAGUGUAUUGAAAAUCAAUCGGUAGUUGUAAAGUGGAUGGUUUUGGGAGGUCAUGGAGAAGAAAAAUACAGAAAAUGAAGUCAUCGAGAAGAAAUCAGCGGAAAGCACUAGCAUUAUUAGCAUUUUGUUUAGUGCCGUGAAAAAGGCCUCAGUUGUAGGAGUCGUAUACUUGGCAGGGUAUAUGCAAUGGUCUGUUGCGUGGUUUAUAGGACCCGUAGUUCUUUUUGUUAUUAGAGAUCAAUGGAAAAAGACUAGCGACAGAAAAAGAGCUAUUGCUAAAGCAACCGCAUUGUCCAGUGAACAGGAAGUAGUUUUGGCCAGACUUGAUGAUCUACCUGCAUGGGUUUUCUUCCCUGACAUAGAACGAGCUGAGUGGAUAAAUAGAAUAAUUAAACAAGUAUGGCCCAAUGUUAACCAAUACGUUCGAGAGCUCGUUAGGGAUGCUAUUCAACCAGCUUUGAGGGAAAGUUUGGAAAAAUACAAAUUAACUGGCUUUAAAUUCGAACGAAUUAUUUUGGGUACUGUGCCUUUUCGGAUAGGAGGAGUCAAGGUCUAUGACAAAAACACCGAUCGAAAUGAAAUAGUUAUGGAUCUAGAUAUCUUCUACGCAGGAGAUUGUGAUAUCACCUUCCACCUUAAAGGUAUGAAAGGAGGAAUCCGAGAUUUUCAAUUACAUGGUAUGCUAAGAGUAGUUAUGAAACCACUGAUUACCUCGAUACCUUUAAUAGGCGGAUUGCAGGUGUUCUUUUUGAAUAAUCCUGACAUCGAUUUUGAUUUAGUAGGAAUUGCUGAUGUGCUAGACAUGCCUGGCCUAAGUGAUAUCUUGCGAAGGAUUGUUGUUGAAACAGUGGCUUCUAUGAUGGUUUUGCCUAAUAAAUUUCCAAUAAAACUUAGCGAAGAAGUUGAGGCUGUUGAAUUGAAGGCUCCAGAACCAGAGGGAGUCCUUAGAGUGCACGUUUUCGAAGCUAGCCAUCUGAUGAAGAAGGACAUCAGUGUCCUCGGCAAAGGAAAAUCCGAUCCUUAUGCCGUUGUCACCGUUGGAGCGCAAGAGUUUAAAACAAAAGUCAUCGACAAUACUGUUGAUCCCAAAUGGGAUUUCUGGUGCGAGUUUCAAAUACUGGAGUCAAAUGGACAACAACUUUAUGUACACUUAUGGGACAAAGAUGAUACGGGUGGUGAUGAAAACUUAGGAAGGGCUACUAUUGAAGUUUCUAAUAUUGUAAAGAAAGGUCAUGAUGAUAUGUGGGUUACUUUAGAACAAGCAAAACACGGAAUGGUACAUCUUAGGUUUACAUGGCUCACUCUCAGCAAGGAAUAUUCAGAUUUAGAUGCCACUUUGACUGAAACACAGAUGCUGAGAAACUCAAACUUACAUACAGCUCUAGUUACUCUAUUUUUGGAUUCCUGUAAGAAUCUACCUCAAGCUCGAAUGUCAACGAAGCCAGAUCCAUACGCCACUGUAAGAGUAGGAAACGAUUCCCAGCAAACAAAGGUUUUAAUGAGGACAGUCAACCCUGUAUGGGAGCAAGGUUUCACCUUUUUGGUUACCAAUCCAGAAAACGAUACACUAUUUCUAAGCAUAAUGGAUCACAAAACAUCCUCCGAAAUAGGACAGCUUCACUUUAAGAUCAAAACAUUGGCUACUAAACCUAAUAUGGUAAUGAGCAAAGAGCCAUUUUCGUUGAUAAGGUCUGGACCUGAGAGUAAAGUUAUCUGGUCAAUGCAUCUUAGGAUCCUGAAACAAGGCGAAGGUACAGAUGACGCACAACUUGAUAAUACUGACAGGUUUAAAAGAAGUAUAUCUAACAUUUCGAAAUCUUCUAUAGAAAGCUCAAAUGCGGUUUUGCCGCAAUCUAAAGAAAAUCUGGAUGAAGUUGAGCCAGUUUUAGAUCAGGAUCAAGAAGCACCAGUUGAAGAAAUUUUAGAAGAUUCUUCGUUAUCUGCUCUUGGUGGUGCGCAACCACUAGAUGGCAACGAGCUUCUAUAUCAUCGAACACCAAGUGUAACAUCUUCCGCUGGUGAUGCUGGUCUUGGCCGAAUUCAACUUACACUUCGCUACAGUGUCCAAAGACAACGACUUAUUGUUGUGGUCCAUAAAAUCAUGAAUAUUCCUCUUAAAGAUCCAUCGAGUAUACCCGAUCCAUAUGUCAAAUUGUAUUUGUUGCCAGAGAGAGCUCGUGACACAAAGAGAAAAACUCAGGUAAUCAAAGACAACGUAAAUCCUAUCUUUGAUGAAAGUUUCGAAUAUGUGAUUAACCAAGGAGAAGUAGGGUCAAAACAGCUAGAAGUUACAGCCUGCACACAAAAACAAUUGAUUUACUCUAGCAGCAACGUUUUAGGACAGAUUAUCAUAGAUCUUGGAAAGUUAAAUCUGACUCAACCCUUCACUUCUUGGUUCGAUCUACAGCAUGGAUAACAUGGAGAUUAAUCUUGUGAUAACUUUUAAGCCUUUUUAUUUUUAAUUUAAGUGUCUAUCUCAUCAACUAUUUUUAUUUUUAUAUUUCCUAUUAAAUUUCUGUUUAAAAAAGAUAUAAAUAAUACGUUUUAUAUUUGACUGUUUUUAGUAGUCACUAGAAAUAUCUAGAGCAAAAAUUUUAUCGAUCAACUUAAUUCUUAUUUUAUUAACUUAAAUUAUAUAUUUAUUUUACUUAACUGUGCUCCAAACGUUGGCAUUGUCAGACAAUACUCAAAAGGAGUUCAAACUGCUAAUUACACAAAUUUAAUCAAAUGUUGUUCUAAUUCUGUGUCUGACCUCCUUUAACUACUAUUUCUAAAGAAAAUGCCUGUAUUUUAUACCGCUUUACUAUUUGUAGCAUAACUUAAUUAAAAAAAUGAAUGUACUUAUUGCAUUUUAAAAAAAUGUUUAUAUAUUACAAGCUUUUCUGAAGUCUAUUUUCAUAAAUUGUAUUGUUAAAACCUUUUUAUGUGAAUAUAACCUUGAAGUUGUUUAAUAAUUCAAUAAAAAAUUUAAAAUUAAA